GCCUUUCUGGGUGCUGGUAGCCAUGCUGAACUGACUGCUGACGUGCUCAUUUUCUGUGCUUGUUUGUGUCUUUCCCAGGAGAUGAACCAGGCAGUGCUGGAGCUGGCUUCGGAAAUCUACAUUGGAAGAUCUGACUGGACCCUGAAAAGUUCUGGUGCCACCACUGACAUGCGGAGAACUUUGAAGACCUAUGACUCGAAAGACAAUUGGGUCGGCAGGGUUAUAGGGUUCUUGUGCACUCCCAACCCUCCUGAUACGAUUUUCCAGCUGGAUGUUUCCCCAGGAAACUGCUGGCCUUUACAAGGGGACCGGGGCCAGGUGGUCAUCCUGUUGCCAGCACGAGUCCAUCUGACUGCUGUCAGCGUGCAGCACAUCUACAAAGAGGUCGUUUCACCUGGCACCGUCACCAGUGCCCCCCGAGACAUCGCUGUCUUUGGAGUGAAUGCAGACACAGAAGAGGAAACUCUCCUUGGGAUGAUCGUGUACAGAGUGGCAAAAGAGGACAUUCAAACCUUCCCUCUGAAGGUACGGUCCAUGCACGAGGGCAAGAUGCCCAGGAGAAAACCAGGAGUGCCUGCAAGUCCGUGGCAGGAAGAGCGUGAAUGCUCUCUCCCCUGGCACAGGGGCCCAGACCACUGCCAAGGAGGCAUGGUGGAGUUGGGAGGACUGAGUAGCAUGCGGUGGGGGUAGCAGCAAGAGAUUUGCAAGGGCAGGGUUGUUCCUGUGGGAGCUUAAGUCCUGAGAGACCCCUGGCUGCAGCUGUUGCCUUCAGCAGAGCCAGCUGCACACAUGGCCUCUCCACCAAAGCAACAUCUUUGUGCCAGGAGAAAUAGGGAUGCCUAGUGGGGAAAGCUGCUGGGCAGCAUUGUCACUCCACCCUGUGGCCUGCUGACAGGCUGGACAGUGUCCUUUCCUCCCAGCACAACACGUCCCUUUUCUCCUGGUGCCCUCACACCUGCCAGAAGGAAGGCAGGCAGAGAACAUAGCGGGAGCUUAAUGGGCUUUCACACCAACUCUCUCACGCAUAGGAGGACCUCCCCAGCCUCUCUGUCAGCACAGAGCAAGCUGCAGAGGGAAAGGGGCAAAGGGAAGGGAGUCGCAGUCCCCGCCAGGCCAGGCUGCAGAGGCUGUCUUCUUCCUUCCCAUGCCUCCAGUCUCUGCAGGAGCCCCAGUACCAGCAGUGAG